CGACAAGUUGGAACGAUGGUGCCUUGCCCUUGAGACUAAAUGGUUCAGAAUAAGUAGGAACAAGACUGAAUACAUGGAGUGUCGUUUCAGCGGCAGGGAAACAGAAUCAGAGGUGGAAGUUAGGAUUGACUCUCACCUAGUACCUAAGGUAGACAGGUUUCGAUAUCUUGGCUCGGUAAUCCAGGCUGAUGGGGAGUUAGACGGGGAUGUUGGACAUCGUGUUGGAGUGGCUUGGGCCAAAUGGCGGUUGGCUUCAGGGGUAUUGUGUGACCCGAAGAUUUCGCCCAGGAUUAAAGGCAAGUUCUACCGAUCCGUAGUCAGACCUGCUAUGUUAUAUGGGGCAGAGUGUUGGGCGGUUAAGAAGACUUAUGUGCGUCGUCUGCAUGCGGCGGAGAUGCGAAUGUUACGAUGGAUGUGUGGGAAGAUAAGGUUGGAUAGGAUUUCGAAUGAAGUUAUCCGACGUCAGGUAGGCAUGGCGCCGGUGGAAGAUAAAUUGCGGGAAGCGAGGUUGAGAUGGUUUGGUCAUGUGAGACGGCGGGAUGCUGACGCUCCUGUUGAGCUGGGGGUCUCUUGGAAACAGCCUCACUGCUUCCAAGUAGAGGCAAGCCGGCCGGAUAGCCCCCUCGCCCCACCGGGUCACCGUCCGCAAGACGCCUCCUCCUCCUGCAGCGGUGGACUUCCAGGUCUCCCCACCUUAGCUAUCAGCGGUUCAGCGCGGCAGCAACACAGGGGGCAACCAUGCUAUUAGACCAGAACAUCUUCAAGCAAACUAAUAAGUGCGCAUUGGUACUCAUAAUCAAAAUCUCUAGCGGUGCAAAUUGGGCCUCUAUUUGUAAUAAAAAAAAUUCUACUUGAUCUUGGGCGGCACAAGUUUCGUGAUUUUGGUCUCAAUAAUUUAGAGGGUGUUUG